CCGCAACGACCAACCCGAUAACCUCGCCAAUCGACCUCGACAGAAGCCACACGUGUAGGUUAAAUAUGAACCCAUGCACAUUCUCCUUCUUCUGCUGGCAGAACAAGAAUCCACGAGAAAUCUUCUGAAUCGCCUAUUCGCCUUGAUGGACUUGGCGAUGCACUUCCUCGUUGAGCGUAAUUUGCAUGCCCCGGGUCACAACAUCGCUAUGGGCUGAAAUCCGCCGCGAUGAGCUUUCUGCUGUCGUCUUCCCACAAAUAUGAGAGACUUGCCGCCGACGAUGGGUCCGUUGAAGAGCCACGUAGACGAUCUCUUGGCUCUCUUGCUACCAUGGCCGUUGCUGCUUGUGUCCUGCUCGCCAUGGCCUCGUCCGCGUUGAGCGCGUGUGUCUCCCCUCAUGGUGAUCCCUUUGCUGUCCGAUCAGGGUAGCAAUGACCUAUCAAGCGCUGACUAUUAUCGCAGAGCAUCUACUGUGCUAUUCUCAGGCUGCGAUAACGUCCAGCAGGGUUUCCAGUGCUCCCCGGAAAUCAGUCACCUGUGGGGCCAGUAUUCACCUUUCUUCAGCGUACCUUCCUCCGCUCCAGACGACAUUCCAUGCCAAUGCAAGGUCACAUUUGCCAACGUCCUCUCGCGACACGGAGCCCGCGAUCCUACGGCCUCCAAGACAACGAUUUAUUCUCAUUUGGUCGGAAAUUUGACCGCAAACGUCACAUCUUUCGUCGGAAAGUACGCCUUCCUUGUGGACUACAAAUACACACUCGGCGCUGACCUUCUUACGGAACUUGGACGGCAGCAGAUGGUGAAUAGUGGUGUCAAGUUCUAUGAGCGUUACAAGCAUCUCGCAGUGGGCACGACUCCUUUCGUGCGCGCAGCAAGUGAGCAGCGCGUUGUUGAUUCGGCGUCCAACUUUACUCUUGGCUUUCAUCAGGCGCUGAAUUCAGACAACAGCGGAGCACAUGAUGACUAUCCCUACCCAAUAAUCGUCAUUCCUGAAGCCCCCGGCAGUAACAAUACCUUGAGUCAUGGUUUGUGCACGGCGUUCGAGGACGGUCCUGCAUCUGAUACUGGCAAAGAUGCUCAGUCCCAGUGGAUGGAUGUUUUUGUACCUCCAAUACAAAAGCGUCUUCAAGAAGAUCUACCAGGUGCUCAAUUCACAAAAGAAGACGUUAUCUUCUUCAUGGAUCUGUGCCCGUUUGAAACGGUCGCAUCCCCCGUCGGCUCGAUUUCGCCAAUCUGCCAUCUCUUUACUCGGCGUGAAUGGCAGCAAUAUGACUACUACGAGACUCUGGGGAAGUGGUACGGCUUUGGGCCCGGGAACUACUUCGGCGCCACGAAUGGCGUCGGAUUCGUCAAUGAGCUGUUGGCCAGAAUGACACAAUCUCCUGUGAACGACCAUACGAGCACAAACACCACAUUAGACUCUGAUCCUGUUACGUUUCCCCUUGACGAAAAGCAUACACUGUAUGCAGACUUCACCCAUGACAACGAUAUGACGAGCAUCCUUGCUGCCCUUGGCAUAUACGCUGAUACUGCUCCACUUUCUAACUUGACUAUGCGUAGUCCCGAAGAAACCAAUGGCUACUCGGCGUCCUGGACUGUGCCAUUCGCUUCGCGUGUAUACAUCGAGAAGCUUCAUUGUGAGGCCGGCUCUCCUACUUCCGAUGAUCAUGAGAGGGUUAGAAUUCUGGUCAACGAUAGGGUUGUGCCGUUGCCGCUGUGUGGUUCUGAUACAAACGGCAUGUGUGGCCUUGGUGCCUUCGUCAACAGCCUCAGUUUUGCCAGAGCCGGCGGAAAGUGGGAGGAGUGCUUCAAAUGACCUCUUUUACAGUAGCCGUGAAGUAUAGAAAAGUACAGUAGCAUAGUCAUGGCCAACUCUUAAUCAGUAAUUCAAAAUCACCCAUACCGUUGAACUCG